AUGGAAGAAAUUUUGUGUUUGAAAAUUCAUUAUAGUUGUGAGUUUGUGGACUCUGAAAAAACUGAUUAUGUAGGGGGUAAAUGUAAUGAUUUAGAGAUAGAUGUGGAUAGGUGGUCAUACUUUGAAUCGGUUGGUGUUGUGAAAGAUCUAGGUUACACUGAGGUAGACACUAUAUAUUAUAAUUACCCCACGUUUGGAAUGAAUGUUCUUAAGGAUGAUAAGGGUGCGUUAGAUGUAGCUGACCUCUGUAGGGCACAUUUAAAAGUUGACAUUUACAUAGAACAUUCGUUAUCUCAACCAGAAUAUGUUAAAAAUCCUAUAAACAUGAUGGAGGAAGAAGCCAUAGAUGAAGAACCAUUAAAUAUGGUUAAUCCGGAGGUAUAA